GGUCCAUAUUAUACCGGAUACCGGUGUAAGAACAGAGGACACGGUACAGUACGGUCAAGAUAUUAGCUAUCUUGUUUACAAACAGAACACACGUGUUACGAUCAAACAACUCCUUUAUUGUGCACAUUUAUCAAAGAUCAUGGCAAAAAGUAUCCGAAGCAAAAGGAGAAGAAAAAUGAGAAAUAUAAAACGGGAAGCAUUUGGAAAGAAGGAACUAGAAAUGUUAAAGGAUGUUGUAGAGAAGGCAAAGGCUGAGAAGGAUGUAGAAAUGAAAGAAAUGUUUACAGUUAAAAGUGCAACAGAGCUUAAAGAAGAUCAGAAGAUGGAUACCUCUAAGGCCUCGAGAAAUUACAAUCCAAAGACAUUAAAAAAUGAGCAUGGAAAUUACCCAGUGUGGAUGAGUCAAAGGAAAAUGAAAAAAGUAAAGAAAACACAGAAAAAACAGGCAAAAGCAAAGGCGAAGGCAAAGAAAAAAUGAAGAGAAACAGUAUAAAGUAGUUAAAACUUUCACAAUAUGGAUGGAAAUAAUGUGUUUAAAUGAUAGAACCAGGAUAGAGAUAAAAGAACCAUUUUUUUGGUUAAUUUGGUUCUUGAUUUUUAACAAUAUACAUUUAAAUGUCCACUUACUACUUAGUCUAAUGAAAAAAAUUAUUACAUCGAGUAGCAAUAGAAUUAAAAAGAUGACUACCAUUAUCGUGGAUAUUUCAUUUAUGUAAUGUAAUGCAUGGACAUGUAUAUCGUUAUUGACCAAGUUUGAUUUAUAAAUGUUAUUUGGUUAUUGUGUAUUUCAAAUGAACUGUUUAUUAAAGCUUUAAAAG